AUGUCGUUCUCAUACUCAGCCUGGUUCCGCAAGGGCCCUGAUCCUGGAACUAUCAUCACCCUUGACCACCCUGUCCCUUCCCGGUGGAAGAUUCUUGAGAAGCUGAAUGAGCGUGACUAUCAGGUUAACGAGGAGGAAAACAAGGAGUAUGGCUACCGUUCUUUCGCCUCGGCUAAAUAUCCAUGCUGCGAUCCCAGAGCCCGGACCAGGAAAGCCAUUAUGCGCAUCUACGUUCAAGUUCCCCAUCGGAAAACUGAAAUGGAUGAUGCGGGCUCGAGUGACACACCCAAGCUUCUCGGAUACAAGAUCGGAAAGCAGGAUCGCUCGGGGCUAGUUCCGGGUGGGUUCAUUACCUGGCUUGUGUGGGAGAUCGUCCCAGGGGUGCGCCUUGGAGACGGCAAUGGCGCUGACCCAUUUUGGGCUCAGGAACGCGGCGAAAGGGAUCAGGUUCGCUCGGCUUUCCAAGAGGCUGCACCUACGCUGCAUGAGAAGGGGUGGUUCCCCCACGUGUGCGGAGCAAGCAGCCUAGUUUGGCACCGGGAGACGCAAAAACUCUACUUUAUAGGACCCUUUUCCAUGGCCGGCAAGCCCGAACGUCCGAUUGUGUUCGGUGCCAAGUGGAUUGCGCAUUUCGAUCUCGCCAAGCCGGACCCCUCUACGCAUAUACGUAGGAGUGGCUGGGAUGGAGAUACUACACACUGGCAAUGGUAG